AUGUUGUUGGGGUAUUCGAGCAGUAACAUUUACUUGGUGGUUAACGUGAUCGCAACUCUACUAACUAUAAUAUGGAAUUCAACGGCGUGCGGCUCCUCUGGCAAAGGUGAUCAGCUUGCUGUGGAGGACUUCUUAAAAUCUCCCGAAAAAAGUUCCAAAGGGUCGAUUUCAAACGAAUCGAAUAGAAAAAGGACGUCAUCCUCAUCAAAGUCGAAGUCAGGAAAGCAAGGGCCGAAGAGCUCAUACCAAGGUCCGGGACCAAGGCGAAAAUCUAGUGGGCGGCCACGGAUGCCGCGUGCUAAACGUCCGACACUAUCGAGAAGCGAUGCUCUUGAUUUAUUCCCAAAAGUAGCCCGAGCUACUCCCGAUCAAGGAACGCCCAUGAAUAAACUGCAAAGGAUUGCUUUGGGAGCUAAGAAAGACAAAGAUGCUUACCCCACAUUCGACGACAUUCGAAGUGAUUGGGAUGACGAGAAGGAGAAAAUCAAACCAAAACAAGUCGAGCUGGGAGACAAGGAGAAAAAGAUUGCAAUGGGAGCAAAAAAGGAUACAUCUGCUUAUCCUACUAUGGAUGAUAUUAUGAGCGAUUGGGAUACGAAUGAAGACGGAGAAAAACAAAAGAAAAAGAAAGAUACAGAAUCCAGAGCAAAAUCAUGGGUCGGUCCCAAGAAAAAACGGUGA